AUGCAAAAGGCGCUGUUGUCAGCUCUGAAGGGGCUCAGGUGGGACGGCGGUCGGCGCGGCGGGGCGGAAGCCGGCGGGACGCAGCCGUCGGGCUGGUGGGAUCUGGUGGACGGCAAGAGCAGGCAGCAGCGGCAGCAGCAGCAGCAGCAGCAGCUGCAGCAGCAGCAGCUGCAGCAGCAGCAGCUGCAGCAGCAGCAGCUGCAGCAGCAGCAGGAGCCGGCAGAUGAGGCGGCAGACGUUCUCGCGGACGGAGGCGGCCCGCCGGCCGGCGAGCAGCGGCGGCACUCAGGCGCCGCGGCGCCGGCGCCGGGUGCAGGCGGCACGGGCGGCGUGGCGCUCGCCAGCAGCGGCGACGACGCAGCACGGCUGUCCAGCGCGGUUCGUGCGGCCGCCGAGGCGCGCGCGAGAGAGGCGCUGCGGCGGCAAGCGGUCGGGGCGCUGUCCAGCUUCCCCCUGGGAGCUGAUGUGAGCAGCUUCCCCCUGGGUGCUGUGGAUGUCCCCAGCCACCCUGUGGAGGGCCUGUCCCUUGAAUCCCCUUUGAGCAUGCAGCUGCCAGAGAGACCAAUGCACGACAGCGGAGAGGGGUCCGCCGGGGGCGACGGUGGCGGUCGUGGCGGCAGCGGCGUGGCGGCGGUGGAGGGGGGGCCUUGA